AUGGCUUCCAAACCUUCCUCCCUCCUUGGACUUCUUCUCAUCACCACCAUCCUUCUUGCCACUACAUGGCAAGCAGUUGCAAGACGCCACAUUAAACCAAAGAACUCACACAAAGGGGACAAGAAAGAACCUCAGUUUUUGUUCCCUUCUGAUGGUUAUAUUCCUGGCUUUGGGAGAUUAGGGAUUCCUCCUUUCUUUGGGUUUACACCUCAAAAUCCAAGCACUGGUGGUGUUAUUGGAGUAGAGCCAGCACCAGUUUCAGGUGGUGGUAGUGGUGUAGAGCCAGCACCAGUGUCAGGUGGUGGUAGUGGAGUAGAGCCAUCUCCAGUUUCAGGUGGUGGUAGUGGAGUAGAGCCAGCACCAGUUUCAGGUGGUGGUUAUGUUCCAGGUGGGGAUGACACAUUUGUCCCAAACCCUGGUUUUGAGGUUCCAAGCCCUAGAAGUGGUGCUGGAGUCCCAGUUCCAGUUCCAGUUCCAGCUAAUCCGUGA